UCAUUCACUUUCGGCAACUAACAUUUUCACUUCUCCACUUCCUCAACUACUGUACAAUUUCCCCUGCCUUCCUUUUCUCAUUUAUUUUCCCUCACAUAUUUGAUAUUUCAUUGGACAACAGAAAUGGGUAUAUCCCAGUUUUGAUCAUUCUCUCUCUAUAGGACCAACCGAUACAAUUUGGACUGUAACGUUGAUCAUUACAGAGGAUAUAGAUCUGAAUUGCAAGUUUCCACUUUCUGUGGUCGUGUGUGGAGUGCUAAGGCCAUGAGAGACAAUGUCUCUCCACAGGAAAGAUACAGAUUCAGCAUUUGAGGGAGCAGGAUCAAAGGCUGGUUUAGAAAUCUGGUGCAUUGAGAACCUUCGAUUGGUUCCUGUCCCAAAAUCUUCGCAUGGAAAAUUCUAUACUGGAAAUGCAUAUAUAGUUUUGAAAACAGUUCUCCCCAAAACUGGCCCUGCGCAGCAUGACAUCCAUUACUGGCUGGGAAAUGAUACAAACAAGGUGGACUCGGCCUUCGCAUCAGACAAGGCACUUGAACUAGAUGCUGCUCUAGGGUCCUGCACUGUCCAAUAUAGGGAGCUUCAAGGCCUAGAAACUGGAAAGUUUUUGUCAUACUUCAAACCUUGUAUUAUACCUGUUGAAGGAUUAUAUUCUUCACAUCAAGGGCACUUAAAUGGUGAAACAUACAAAUUUAGCUUGUUAACAUGCAAGGGAGACCAUGUUGUUCAUAUUAAAGAAGUACCAUUCUCUCGGUCAUCAUUGAACCACAAUGAUGUAUUCAUACUUGACACUGCAUCAAAAAUUUUCCUCUUCAGUGGGUGCAACUCUAGCAUACAAGAAAGAGCCAAAGCUUUGGAGGUUGUCCAGUAUAUUAAAGAGAAUAAUCAUGGUGGAAAGUGUGAGGUGGCAACUAUAGAGGAUGGAAAGUUUGUUGGUGAUUCUGAUGUGGGUGAAUUCUGGAGUUUAUUUGGUGGUUUUGCUCCCAUUCCUCGGGACUCACCUUCUUCUGUUCAGAAACAAUCUGACACUCCAUCUGUGAAACUAUUCUGGAUAACUACACAGGGCAAGCUAUGUCAAACUGGAACUGAUUCAUUGAAUAAGAAAAUCCUUGAGACAGACAAGUGCUAUAUGUUGGAUUGUGGUACUGAGAUUUUUGUUUGGAUGGGAAGACAAACAUUGAUUUCAGAGCGGCAGACAUCAAUCUCAGCAACAGAAGAUUUCCUCAGAACUCAGGGCAGGUCAACUGGGACCCAUUUAACCUUUUUAACUGAAGGAUUAGAAAGUAACAUAUUUAGGUCAUACUUUGAUAAUUGGCCUCAAAAGGUGGAGCCCAAGCUAUAUGAAGAAGGUCGAGAGAAAGUAGCAGCAAUAUUCAAGCAACAGGGUUAUGAAGUGAAAGAGCUUCCUGAAGAGGACUGCGAGCCUUUUAUUAAUUGCAGAGGCACAUUAAAAGUUUGGCGGGUGAAUGCUGAUGAGCUAUCCCUUCUUCCAGUUCCAGAGCAGACAAAAUUUUACAGUGGGGAUUGCUAUGUAGUGCAGUUUACAUAUCCUGGAAAUGAAAGAGAUGAGAAUCUAUUUUAUGCCUGGAUUGGUCGCAGGAGUGUAAUGGAAGAUAGAAGGGAUGCCAUAUCCCAUAUGACUGCAAUUGUUGAUUCAACCAAAGGGGAUCCAGUUUUGGCUCAAGCUGUAGAGGACAAGGAGCCAGUCCAAUUUUUCUUGAUUUUCCAGACAUUGAUCAUUUUCAAGGGGGGUAUGAGUAAAAGAUACAAGAAAUUUAUAGCAGAAAAAGGUAUCACUGAUGAAACUUAUGAUGGAAUCAAGACAGCUCUUUUUCGAGUUCAAGGAACAAGUCCACAAAACAUGCAAGCUAUCGAAGUUGAUCUAGUUUCAAGCUCUCUGAACUCAUCCUAUUGUUACAUUCUGCAAACUGAAACAUUUAUCUUCACUUGGAUUGGGAGUCUCUCUUCGACCAGAGACCAUGAUCUUCUUGACAGAAUGCUGGAACUGAUAAAUCCAACAUUGCAACCCAUAUCAGUGAGGGAAGGAAGCGAACCUGAUAUUUUCUGGAAUGCACUUGGUGGGAAAGCAGAGUAUCCAAAGGCAAAAGAGAUGAAGCAAUGCGUAGAAGAUCCACAUUUGUUUACAUUGAACACCACUGAAGGUGAUUUCAAGGUGAAAGAGAUAUACAAUUUUUCACAGGAUGAUUUAACUACUGAAGACGUGCUUGUACUGGACUGCCAUAGAGAGAUAUAUGUUUGGAUUGGAUGCCACUCAAAUGUUGGAUCAAAGCAACAAGCUCUUACUCUAGGCCUGAAAUUUCUUGAGAUGGAUGUUCUCGUUGAAGGCCUAUCUUUGGAGACUCCUAUCUACAUUGUUACAGAAGGGCAUGAGCCACCAUUUUUCACUCGUUUCUUUGAAUGGGACCCCUCAAAGGCAAAUAUGCAUGGAAACUCAUUUGAGCGAAAGCUUGCUAUUCUGAAGGGAAAACCACAUAAUUUAGAAGUACCUACUAGAAACUCAUGGAAGGCAUACUCCAGGGAUACUACACCAGAUGGUUUGAGGAGCAAGUCUGUCAUUUCCAAUGGUCUGGGAAGAAGUGGAUCUCCUGCAUCAAGUGUUUCAGGCUCAAAUUCGAAGUCUUCUACCAAUCAGCUGUUUUCUAGCCCAACUCCAAUUGUCAGAAAGCUCUUUUCAGGAUCUCCUCAUGGUAGUGCAGAUGAAUCGUCGGUAUCUGCAGGUUCUCCAGCAGCAGAACCAAGGUCAUUUUCUCAGAGUGCAGGUUUUAUUCAGGCUGAUGGAAGCGGGGAUUGUGUAAACUUGUUAAUAUACCCUUAUGAACGAUUGAGUGUGAUUUCUAGUGACCCUGUAGCAGGCAUAGAUGUAACCAAAAGAGAGGCAUAUUUAUCUGAUGAAGAUUUUCAAGACAAAUUUGGAAUGACAAAAAGAGCUUUCUACGAGCUUCCUAAAUGGAGACAAAACAAGCUUAAGACGUCUCUUCAUCUAUUUUGAGGCAUACUUGCUGGAGAUUAGAUCUAGAUGCUGAUCUUGGCUAAUGAUACUUAUUUGUUGUCAAAUAUUGACAGAUAUUUCUUCUUAGAUAGGCCCAUGGGGCAUUUUACUACUCAAAUGUGGUCUACUGAAUGUCUUAGUCUACGACUAAGUUCAUGUUGUAAUCUUGAGUUGCGGUUCUGUAAACAAAUCCUUGAUUAAAGUCUUUAAAGCCAAGAUCCUUGACCUGGCUUUUAAUCAUAUUUGAAUCAGAUCAGAUGCUUGCUAAUAGU